AAUGUCCAAUUGUUGCGCUGUGUGUUCUGCCAUAUCUUGGACAUGUGUUGGGGUUGCCUGCUGCUUCAACAGUGUCAAAACGGCCCCUGCUACGAAGAACCGUUUCGUGCAGUUUGGAGCAUCAGACGGGGUCCUGUCACGUCAGGGAAUGCGGCGUCACAAUGUGGCGUCAGGGGGUAAUGCGGCGUCAAAGGGGCCAUGUGGCGACAGGGAAUGCGGCGCCAGAAUGCGGUGUCAGGGGGGAAUGCGGCGUCAGGGGAUGUGGCGUCAAAUGUGGCGUCAGGGAGUAAUGUGGCGUCAGGGGAGGAAUGUGGCGUCAUCUACAGUCCACAAGGCCGUACUCCAGAGUACCAGGAGACAGGUGGAGCUGCAUGCGUGCCGGAAGAAGAUUCAUGGAUUGGCCACCACUGGACAGUCUUUGAGCUGACCCGCGAAACGCCCAUGUCACCACCUCCCAGCGGAGUUCAACCGGGAGGUCGUGGUGCUCUAGUUCGAGUGUGGAACAUGUGCCCCAAGGGGAAUGCUUUCAACAGCGAGUGCAACAGUGCCAGGUUUGCCGGCCGUGGGGCUCUGCAAGCGUCCAUGAAUCCUGAAUACCGAGCCCAACGCCCCAUGAUGGAAGUGGUCCGAAGUGACGUCCUUCGUGGUGCUUUCGGCUUUGAAGAUGUGGCUUUCUCCGAUCCCAUGGACCUGGAGGCCUAUGACCGCGAGGGGCCCUACGCCAAUAUGGCUGAAGCCUCUGGCAACCAUGGCAUUGUGGAAGAGAUCAUGGCUUUCUUCGUGGCUCCGGUCUCUGGUUACUACUCCUUCCUCACCUGGGGAGACAUGGAGCAGGAUGUAUGGCUCAGCCAGUCAUCAGAUCCUGCUGAUUUGAUCAAGGUGGCCAGGAAGCUCGACUAUUCGCCUUGCAGGAGCAGCAGCAACCGCCGACGAGCUAGCUAUGCUGGAUGCAGCAUUCUCUACAACUACCGAAGUGACACCAGAUAUCACAACAUCAACCAAGAGGCCCAUCAAGGGACCAACCUUACAAGGAGUUUUGACUUCUCGGGCGAGGAUCUUGGGUACCGUACACCCACUGAGCACACCUUGUACCUCACCAAAGGUGAGCGUCGAUUUUUCCUCAAGCGCGCCAUGUUGGCGGAGGAUGCUCGCCCAGGGCACAGUUCGCGCCGCCGGCGUCGAGCGCGACAGUUCACGGGCCUUCGCAUCCAGCGGCCGGACCUCUCGGAGAAGUCCGCCGCGGAGAAGGCUGGGGGGGUGAGCUGGGCGAGCCGAAGAUGGAUGCUCCUCUUCAAGAAGAUCAUCUCGAAAGAAGAUGGCCAGUGGCGAAUCGGCUUGCGUGAGAACUUUGGAGAUGAGCCAACAUUCAGCAACUGGAUUUGGUGGAAUUUCAACGACUGGCAUGUCGCUUGGCAUUCAUGGGCGCGGUGUUUUUUUUCUUUUGCGGUUUUCUUUGUAGAGUCCUUUAGAGACAAAAGUAUCGAUCAUGAAAAAUGA